CUCAGUAUAGCGGCCCCGGCCCGAAGGCCAAGAAGGGCUUCGACUACGCCGACCCAGCUUCCCCCGUGCCGUUCUGUCUGAUGCUGCGUGACGCCCCAUACGCUCCUGAUGGAAUGCACUUCAUCGUGCGGAAGUGUUGCGAUGGGGGCAUCGCAGGCAACCACGACGACAAAGACCCCAAGAAGAGCGGCAGAAAGAAAGAUGCUACAGAAAGCAUCAACAGUGACAGCACCGGCACCGGCACUCGUGGCACCACUACCAGGGGGACACGCCAUCGGAUUAUCGAUUAUUUCAAAAACACCAUUUUGCAGCGGAACCCGGGCAAGGUCCGCGACUACGUGGACGAUCCGAACGCACUCGCAAAGGCGUGGAAGGCGUUCACCGACGAUGACGGCGAGUUCGAAGCGUGGCUGCAGCGCCAGUGGGCUAAAUCAGCCGGGCUGGACGGCCGGAAGGAGCGAGAAGUCGCAGAGGAGCUACUUGACUGGCCGUCGCUCAUGGUUCACGAGGCCAUCAACGGUCCCGGGUUGUCUUCGCCACCAAAUUCAGCCCGGCGCAGCCCGGAGCAGUUCUGGCAAGAGCUCGUUGCCCUCCAGAUCCAGCAGGUAGUCGUCGAUGAAGGUGUGGAAGGGCGCAUGCUGCGGACACAAGCGGGCGACGGGUCUGCUCCUCCGUGGGCGCACCGGGGCCAGCAGGGAAGUCGCCAUGUGGCCCAGAUGAUCGUCCGCGAGAUCUAUGCGGAGGAGCGUGAUGUGACCGCGUUCCGCUUUGGUGACUACUGAUCGAUCGUCCGCCUGAUGGCCAGUCAUAGCAGCGGAGCCUUUUGCUGAAAGGUUAACAAGGGGAGGGACGAUACCGUAUUGAGGAACAUUGAUUGCGGAGCUUUGCUGUUUCCUUCGAAACUGUGCGUUCAUUUACCCAGCGGAUUCGGAUCUUAGUCAGUUAAGCCAGUCAGAGACAGGCAGGCGUUCAGUCUUCUGAUCGGCCCAGCAUGCCAGAAGAACAUCUUUGCAAA